AUGGACGCACUACAAGCUCGCGUAAACUCAUUUAAGAAAUCGAAACGUGUCAAGAAUCCAUCGAAACCGUCUUCCACAACAAAUUUGAAAUGGCCACAUCCACUACAUUUCAAAGCAAAUCCAGAAUCUUUAGCUGAGGCAGGAUUCUACUAUGACCCCAGCUUUGACGAUCCCGACAAUGUAACAUGCUACGUGUGCGAGAAGGAGCUGGGAGGAUGGGAGGAAGAAGACGAUCCUUUUCUUAUCCAUUGGACCAAGUGCGGGCAAACGUGCUGUUGGGCGAGUGCUCGCUGUGGGCUAACAUCAGAUCUUGAUGGCAAGGGAAGAUUUGUCUCUACUGACAAAUCUCGAAUACCCACUCAUAAAUCGAUGGAAAAGGCCCGGCACGAUACAUACUCUACUGGAAAGGGAUGGAUUCAUGAUAAGACUCCAAACCAUGGUGCCAACUCCAAGAUGAUGGCACGCGCUGGAUUCGUUUACACACCCCAGCACAACGGUGACGACCUUGCGACUUGUUUCUAUUGCAAUCUCUCUUUAAGCGGCUGGGAUGAAGGAGACGAUCCAUUGGAAGAGCAUCGAAAACGAGACAAUAAAAUGGGGUUCCCAUGCGCCUUCUUUGCCGCAGCGUCGUCGGAGAUGCUUCCCAGUACAAAACCGAAUUCACGGGCGCAAUCUUCAAAACCUCCGUCAAAAUCUCAGGCGAAGCCUCCAUCUCGAUCAACUUCCCGGUCAAAACAUCAAGACGUCAUUCAGCCGACGAAAACUUUUGACGGUGAACUUGAAGACGAAUCGGAUGCUCCAACAACGAACACCGCUCCAAUAACAAAAACGCCUGGAAAGGGACGCAGCAAUUCUUCGGGCACUAGGAAAUCUUCUGCCAAGACACCUGGGAAUAAAAUUAGGAGCUCCAGUCGAUCAGGGCUGAAGAACGUUGUUGAAGAAGAAGUGGAGGAGGAAGAGGAGGAUGCUCCACCAGUACCCCAACCCCCUACAACCAAGAAGAACCGGACACGUUCCAAAUCAGUUGUCAGAUCUGAAGCCGAGGAUGCUGUCGUUCCCGACGAUGCCGACUUGCCUGUGACUCGCAAACCAUCUCGUUCGCGUAGCAAAAAGGCUAUAUCUGAUGCUGAAGAGGAGAUACCCCGAAAAACCUCACGGUCCAAAUCUAAGUCAUCGGUCGCACCUUCUGCAACGGAAACUAAACCUUCGCGUUCAAAGUCGAAGUCUAAAAUACUAGAUUCUGAACAGGAGGAGGUUCCUCCAGCCGCCACAAAAACAAAGCAAAAGGCUAAGGCAAUAGAAUCAGAACAAGAGGAGAAUGGUCCUGGCGUAACAAAAACCAAGCAUACAAGGACAACCUCACGAGCCAAAACAAAAUCAUCAGCAGAGGCCUCCGACAUAGAACUUGAAACCGUCGCAGCUGAACCUGCCCCCAAGAAGAAAAACGCGACCAAAUCGAAACCGCAAGCUCCUGCAGCUCAAAACCUUUUCGACGACGAUGUUUUCACCGACCACUAUGUUCCUCCACUCGCACCCUAUCCACCUACGGAGGCGAUUCAAGAAUCCAUAGCGCAACUCCAGCCUCUUUUCAUUCCUAAACGUACUACGGGUACAAAAUCUGAAAUAUCGACAGACAGUGCAGCCGAUACCGUACAUACAGAAAAACAAAAGAAGACAAAGCCCAAAUUUGCAUAUUCACGACAAAUGCAGUCGGAAGAUGAAGAUACGCAACGUCCUCCAUCAAUUGAAGAACACAAACCUCUUGCCCCCGUUUCUGCCAACCCGUCCCCUGUGCCAAAUUUGAAGACUGGUGCAGGAAAACAGAAAUUAAAGGUUGUUGAAAUUUCGAGUGAUGAGGAACCACAAGAGAAAGAAAAGAUUCUAGUCAAACCUAUCCAAAAUCAGGACAAGGAAAAUUCAGUUAAUAUGUCAUUGCCACCCAUCCAAGUUCCACCGCCACAGGUGCUUAUUGCUCAACCUGAUCCUCCAACAAAUCCUGUUUCAGCUCAACCUAAGCGACAAAAGAAGUCGGUAAUUGUCGAGACUGUUCAGCCCAUCCAAGGGCCUCGGUCAUCAUCUCCGAAGCCGCAGUCCCCAUUGGCGAACGGCGAUGUCAGUAUGGAAGACAUCGAUCCCGAGCACAGUGAUAAAAUGCAAGUUGUGCCGGUCACGCCUCCAAGAGCAAUCCCGCAGCGUACAUCUUCAGAGGAAGAGAUUCAACAGGCAAUUAUCCCAGCUGAGGCAAAUGUCGACUCAGCAGAAGCGCCGUUCAUCCCCCCUCUUUCUAAGCUUCCGUUCACUCCAUUACAUGCCUUGAGCGAGCCCGAACUUGAUAUGACCGUUGAAGAGUGGAUUCGAUACCAAAUGGACGUGGAGUUUGACAAAUUCAAGAGAGACGGCGAACGCGAACUACAACGAUUUAGGAAAAGGGCCGAAGAGGUACGAAAAGUGAUUGAGGGACUCUGA